AUGGGCAAUUUACCUGAGGUGAUCAUGGUCACCCAACGGUCAUACUUAAAGCAGUUGCAUCACAAGAUAUGUGGAUUUGGCAUGGUUUUUUUUGGUUCUCCUGGUUCAAUUAACGACAUCAACGUUCUUAAUCGUUCACCAAUAUUUAACAACAUAUACGAUAGAUCUGCACCAAAUUCUUCUUUUCAAGUGCGUGGAACGCCAUAUAAAUAUGGUUAUUAUCUGGUCGAUGGAAUCUAUCCUGAGUAUGAUGUGUUUGUUAAAUCGUUUACAACUCCACAUGCUUCUAGACGAAAGAAAUUCAAGAUAGCUCAAGAAAGAGCUAGGAAAGAUGUUGAGCGUGCUUUUGGAGCUCUAAAGAAACGGUGGUUCAUAUUGAAAAAACCAGCAGCUUAUUUAGGCAAGGAAAAACUUUAA